AGACAUCCGGAGACGCCAGAUAACAUCUGAUGUGUCGCCUUCAGUUGAGAGGCGUUGACACAAACAUAUUUCUUGUGUGAAGCCGCCAUUGAAAACAGAAGUUUGAUGCACUGCGACAGCUAAACGUGGGGUACGAUUUCACAUGCUAUAUAUAUGCUCUGUGACUCGUGUCACUGGGCUAUUUAAAUGCCAACCUCAGAUUUGUACUGUUGGAUUGUCAGAACGGUAGGCCGCUGGAGGCUAUAGCACCAUGAUGGACCUUUUCGAGACCAACGCGUACUUCUUCAAUGAUCUGCGCUUCCUCGGAGGAGAUAAUGGACCACUGCAGACCCUGGAAAUGUCGGCCGAGUCUCCUCUGUACAGGACCAGCGACAGCCCCACGUCGCCAGGGCCGGAUCGGGUUCCAUCCGAGACCGGAUGCGACAGCAGCGGUGAGGAGCACGUCCUGGCACCGCCAGGGCUGCAGCAGCACUGCGCUGGUCAGUGCCUCAUCUGGGCCUGCAAGAUCUGCAAGAGAAAGUCCGCCCCGACGGACAGGCGCAAGGCGGCCACGCUCCGCGAGAGGAGGCGUCUCAAGAAGAUCAACGAAGCUUUUGAGGCUUUAAAGAAGAAGACUGUGCCCAAUCCGACUCAGCGGCUGCCCAAAGUGGAGAUUUUACGCAGCGCUAUCAAUUACAUUGAGAAACUACAGGACCUGUUGCGGUCGCUGGAUGAGCAGGAGAAAAUACAGGCAAAUGGUCCAUUGCAUUAUAACACAAAAGACCAACAUGUGCCAAGCACAGAGCACUUCGGGAGUAAGACGUAUCGUAUCUGGCCGAACAUUACCGAUCAUUCCAGUGUUCCCGUGAUGAAUCAAAGGGAAGACAUGGAGGUCCCAGAGGCCUGUCGCUUCUCGCCAUCCGAGGCUUUCUACGACGGUGGCUGCUCAUCCUCACCGGAAGGCCCAGACUUCCCGGAAGGCUUCGGUCUCGGGGAACUGCCGGGCUCGGACGAGGAGGAGCACGUGCGGGCACCCCACGGCCACCACCAGGCCGGCCACUGCCUGGCGUGGGCCUGCAAGGCGUGCAAACGCAAAUCUAGCACGGUGGACCGCAGGAAGGCCGCCACUAUGCGCGAGAGGCGGCGGCUGAAGAAGGUCAACCACGCCUUCGAGACUCUGCGCCGCUGCACCUCCACCAACCCCAACCAGAGGCUCCCCAAGGUGGAGAUCUUACGCAACGCUAUCCAGUACAUCGAGAGCCUGCAGGAGCUGCUCCGUGAGCAGGUGGAAUGCUUCUACAGCCUGCCGGAGGAGAGCGGCUCUGAACCAGGCAGCCCCACGUCCAGCUGCUCAGAUGGCUUGGUUGGCUGUAACAGCCCUGUUUGGCCUUUCAUUAAUAAAAGCUAUGGGAAUAUGUACAACCACCAAAUAUUCACUGUGAGCACCAAGGAGAGGAGUCCAGGAGCAUCCAGCCUGCAGUGCCUGUCCAGCAUCGUAGACCGCCUGUCAUCGGUUGACGCCAGCAGCCUAGCAGUAGCUAACGACUUGGCCAGAUUCUCGCCAUCCAGCUCCGACUCCCAGCCUAGCACUCCGGAAGCCGCCCGCGCCAGUCCCGUCUACCACGUGCUGUAAAGUACCCGCCCAGCUCCGCAAAGCAUAUUUAUAAUAUAUUUACUUUUUAUUUUUUUUCUUGGGGAUGGGGGAUGAAAUUUGUUCUUUUCUAAAUCUGGGUAUGUGAAAUUAGAAUGGCACAAGGACUUGUACAUAAGCAUUGUAAAUGUCACAUUUAUUAUGUUCUUUUUAUACUUUGUAAUGUAACAUAUUUAAUUGAACGUCUAAAAUGAAAUAAAAUAUAAA